GUGCAAUAAUGUGCGUAUCCCACCUACAACUACUACUACUACUUUACAGAGUUGAGUGCUGAGUUUGUGAGAGGGAAUGUCAAGCGGAGAAACAUUGGUUAGUGAGGCAGACGGGAACGGCGGCAUAAUGGCUCAACAGAAGAACCUGGAGGGCUAUGUGGGCUUUGCAAAUCUCCCCAACCAAGUUUACAGAAAAUCUGUCAAGAGAGGUUUCGAGUUCACACUCAUGGUUGUGGGGGAAUCUGGGCUGGGGAAGUCGACGCUGAUCAACUCACUCUUUCUGACAGAUCUGUACUCCCCUGAAUACCCAGGUCCUUCGCAUAGAAUCAAAAAAACUGUACAGGUGGAGCAGUCUAAGGUUCUGGUAAAGGAAGGAGGAGUGCAUCUUCUGCUCACCAUCGUUGACACCCCCGGCUUUGGAGAUGCAGUUGACAACAGUAACUGCUGGCAGCCGGUCAUCGAUUACAUCGACAGUAAAUUUGAGGAUUACCUCAAUGCAGAGUCCCGGGUCAACAGACGGCAGAUGCCAGACAGCAGGGUGCAGUGCUGCUUGUAUUUCAUCGCUCCGUCUGGGCAUGGACUGAAGCCCCUCGACAUUGAGUUCAUGAAGCGGUUACAUGAAAAAGUAAACAUCAUCCCCCUCAUCGCCAAAGCCGACACAAUGACUCCCGAGGAGUGUCAACAGUUCAAGAAACAGAUCAUGAAAGAAAUCCAGGAGCACAAAAUCAAAAUCUAUGAGUUCCCAGAGACAGAUGAUGAGGAGGAGAUGAAGAUGGUCAGGAAAAUCAAGGAUCGUUUACCCUUGGCUGUAGUCGGUAGCAACACCAUUAUCGAGGUCAAUGGAAAGCGAGUGCGCGGCAGGCAGUACCCCUGGGGUGUGGCUGAAGUGGAAAAUGGAGAGCACUGUGAUUUUACAAUCCUGCGGAACAUGCUCAUCAGGACACACAUGCAGGAUCUGAAGGAUGUGACAAACAAUGUUCACUAUGAAAACUACCGCAGCAGGAAACUCGCUGCGGUCACCUACAAUGGUGUGGACAACAACAAGACCAAGGGACAGCUAACCAAACCUGAGACGGCUGACGGCAUGAGUCCUCUGGCCCAGAUGGAGGAGGAGCGACGGGAGCACGUGUCCAAGAUGAACAAGAUGGAGCAAGAAAUGGAACAAGUGUUUGAGAUGAAGGUCAAAGAGAAGCUCCAGAAGCUCAGAGACUCCGAGGCUGAGCUCCAGAGGCGUCACGAGCAAAUGAAAAAGAACCUGGAGGCCCAGCACAAAGAACUGGAGGAGAAACGUCGCCAGCAUGAGGAGGAGAAGGCCGCCUGGGACGCCCAGCAGAGGAUUCUGGAACAGCAGAAACUAGACGCCUCCAGGACCUUGGAAAAGAACAAAAAGAAGAAGAUAUUUUAAUAACUCUGGACGACUUUCCUGAUCUUACAGUGUAUUAUUUUUUGCCAAGCUGCCAGCCUUGAUUGUCAGAAAAUCUGUCAAUCACCUACAUCCGCUGUUUGACCAUAUUACUGUGUAAUAAUCAAGUGAAAGCCAGGGGGCAGUAAUGUCUGGACUCUGAAUUUAACCACCUGCUCUCUGCUCAUCCUCAUGUUCCUCCCUAAAGAACUGUUAAUAUCUCUGUAUUGAUUCAGUAUACUGUCCUGUUUUGGGCCAGCACUCAGAAAAACAUGUAUGUUGACGUAGAAAACAUAACUGAUGUUCUGACUGGAGGGCAGCGUUCAGAGUUCAGUCAUUCUUUCCUCUUUUCUUCUUCUACUUUGGGAAUGUUGGAUGCUGCAGGGCUCUGUGCUGCAUCCUUUUAAUGCCAAAAAACAAACAAAGGGGUCAGCCUUUCACUUCCUGCACACUGGCAGACGCGAAAGGCUGAAGCUCACCUCAGGCACUGUUUUUUGUUUUUUUUUUAAUAUAUGUAUAUGUAUCUUUCGGUUGACUUAUUUAGGUAUCACAUUUAAUUUCCUCCCAAGAUGUUAUGCUCUUCCAUCUCCUGUAAUGUAAAUUGUAUAACAAGGAACUGCAGUGUUUACUUCAGCCAUGUGUAACAUUUUCUUACUUUUCCUUUAUUUCUUCUUCUUUUUUUUGUAUUGGCCCUGGCAUUGUUCAUUUUUCAUUUAGUGUUUUUUUUUCUCGCCCUGCUCUUGGAAACCAAACAUGUAUUCCUGACUUCACUCAUGCUGAGUGUAACAAUGUAAAGAAACUGCUCUUGAAGUGCUUUUAUGUGACUUUACUUUAACUUCUUGUGCAGAUUCUAUAUAAAAAUGUUUUCCAGCAGAAUCAAAUCUUUCCGGGGGCAGGAUGGGGAACGCUUGUGUUGGGUGUUGGUGGAUGUCGGUAGCUGGAGCUGAGACGCUUCAGUCAAUGCUUCAGUCAAGCAGACAGCGGUGAACCCAAUAACUGUACCAAGCUGGCUUUCUUUACAUCACAUUUAGCACUGUUGGUUUACUGCAUCUGUACUUUGUAAUGUUUUGUUUUUAUUGUACAAAGUCACAUAAUAAAAUUGUGAUGGGGAAAGAUA